CGAACGCGAAUUCAAACUUGUAAACAAAGCUUGACAGUGUCAUUGUGAGCAAAAAGUCGCGAUUUUGCCAAAAUGAUGCGAAAAUCAAAUUUAGGGGCUGGAAGUGUUCAGCGCCCUGGAACCCUGAAACCUCGAAAUACAGACAAUACUCCAAAUAACAGGCGGAGUGCAGGGCAACAGAUGAGGAAGUCUUACCUUCCCAAAGCCUCACAAGUAGACAGUGCUAAGAAACUAGCCAGUAGAAGUAAGCGCAUCAGUGCGGAAGGACUCAGCAGACUCUCCAUCGCUUCGGGAAGAUUUACCCCCACUAGGAACAAUGUCCCCGUCUCAAGCAUGUUGGCUCCUCCCAGUGUCAGCAGACUGUCAAUGGAUUCAGCGCGCAACUCCAGCAUGGGAACAAAAGUGAGGAAGGAGAUCCGCCCCAUCACAGACUCCAGUUUUAAGAGCCAGUGUGUGGACAAAAUUCUGGAUUUCCUUGUCAGCAGGAGCUAUGAACAGCUGGUUCAGCGAAGAACACUCCUCACACCUUCCACAAAAGAUUUUGCUAACAUCUUCAGCUUUAUAUACAGGCACCUUGAUGGUCAAUAUAAUUUGCCAAACAGAUUCGAAGAGGAAAUUCCGCGCUUGUUAAAGCUUUUGAAAUAUCCAGUGCAGAUGUCAAAAUCAUCCUUCAUUACGGUUGGAUCUCCUCACACAUGGCCAUCUGUUCUGGCCAUGCUGGCAUGGUUGGUUGACGUGGUGAACAUGAUUAGUUGCAUCGACCCUAUGCCCAUUGCCUUUCCAAGUGACUUUGACAGUGACAUCAAUCUUGCCAAAACUAAGUUUACUGUACUGGUUGAACUUGCCAACUGCGAAGAUGACACAGAAAAGAUUGAGGCUCAUUUAGAAGAGUACAGGCACAUACUAGAGAAAGUACAGGGUGUGAGAGCACAGGAUCUUCUGCAACUACAGGAGGAGGAUGAAAGACUUGAGGACAUGGUGAACAACCUCAACAAUGGACCCGAGAGACUGCAGCAGUUGCAUCACCAGUACACUCAGCUUGUAGAUGACAACGAAAAAAUGUCAGAUUACUGUAGAGAGCUGCAGGUACAUAUUUCUGCAAGAGAUGGUGAACGUUCACAGCUGGAAUCAAAACUGGCGGAGCUUAAUGCUGCUAAAAAGCAGGUUUUUGAGGAAGUUACCCGCUUGGAAACUCUGAAGGAACAGCAGGCUUUGAAUGUAGGGGAACUGGCAAGAUUUAAGAACCAUGCAAACGAUGUCGCUACUAUUAUAUCACAGCUCCAAGCUGAGGGAAAAGAGCAGGACUCUGAGAUAUGGUCACUAGAGAUGGAAUUGGGCAAAGCUCAGUCAAAAUUGAGUGAAAGUAUAUGUGCCUACAAUAAACUGGUCCGUCAACUAGACCUUCCGGAUGAUUAUGAAAUCUCAUCAGCUGACAUAGCUGAGAAUAAAUGCCACUGGCAGACCACAUUGCUUGACGAGCUACGACGUAGAAAGAAGGAUGCGAAACAGGGCAUGUACGAGGCCCAGAACCUGCUAAUGCGAAAGGAGGAAGAAUUAAGCAUGGUGAAAGAGAUGCUACUUGAGAAAAAAGACCAGUUGACAAAGCUUGAGAGCAAGCUACGAAGAAUGGAGGAGGAAAUUUUAAUGACGAAAAAUGAAAUUACAGCUGAGGAAAAGGAGAUGCAGGUGGAGAGCGACCGAAUAGACCAGCAAAUCCUGGAGGCUCGGAAGACGCAGAAGGGAUCACUUUACCAGAAGCAGUGUGCAGUAGAUCAAGCCAAGGAAGAGUUGGAGAAUUUCAAGGUCUCUGGCAAGGAGCAGAUGCGUUCUGGUGCAGAGUUCCUAGUCCGCGUGUGCCAUGCAUCCCUGGAACACCUAGAGUGGCAGCAGAAGGAAGCCUUAAAGCACAAGAUCACCACGGAAAAUGUGACAAGAAAACUUGUAGACCCUAUACAUAUAGAAGAAAAAAAAUGAAGGAAAGAAGAGGACAAAGAAAAAAGAAAAAGCAGAUGCUCUAUGUAUAGAAUUCUAUUUUAGUUUUUGAUAAGUUGAAAUUGGCCUGCUAGGGGAAUGCUUCUUGGCGGUGAAAAUUUAUUUUUAUCUUUAAUGUCUCUGCCCUGAGUUUAAAUAUAAGGGUAUGGCAAGAUGUCUUUAUGGAAUGCCUUAUAUGAAAAGAUGUAUGUAGGUGAAGUUUUAUUUGCUAUAUAAAGGAUACAAAAAAGAAAGAAAAAAAAAAUCUUCUAUAUCUGUCUCAUUACUGAAUUCUUGAUAUAUCUUUUUGAACAGUAUCGUUUUAUCCAUAUUAUCUGUUAUGGAAUUUCAUUUCUUCUUUUUUUCCCCUUAUUGGCAAUAUUUGGAAUACAGUUAGAGCUUUGUAUAGGAAUUUAGGGAUAUAUAUGCUAUGUUCUUAAAAAUGUGGUAAAUAUAGUGUUAUCGGUAUUAACAUCACUAUAGAAUAUUAUUUCUUUAUUUCUUAAUGGCUUUUUGUAGCUUUGAAGAUACAGUAGGUUAAGAUUUCGUAAAAAUUAUAGUAAAGUCCUAAUUUUUUAUGGAAUGGCAUAUUAUCUUAACAAACAAGAUAUAUUUGUGAAUCUGCAAAAAAAAA